UGAAGUAGAAGCGCCAGGAGCGUUUGCCUGUGACCGUCACAAUUCUCAUUCCCCACCACCUUUCAACCUCUCUCUCUAAAAACUCACUUUCUCUCUCUAUAAAAACUCACAUACCCACAUAACAGAAAGACAAAAUAAUCUACUGGGUAUGCAUAUUUUUCUUCGUAGAGAAAUGGGUCUUUGAGUUUUUAGAGAAAGCUUAAACCUUUAGAUAUAGAGGAAGAAAGAAAAUCAAUGGGGUCCGAGGCAGACUGCGAAGCAAACUCCACACCUAAGCUCUCUCUUUUCUCAUUCCCAAGCAACCCACCCGAGCCUACAGGAACGUUAACACCACCACCCCGAAUCCAAGCUUCGGUUCCAUUCCAGUGGGAGGAAGCACCAGGCAAACCUAGGCCAUGCACGAAAACAACAACCGAAUCUAGUUCCAAACCCAAGUGUGUAAGAUCCUUGGAACUGCCUCCGAGGUUGUUGUUGAGUGAGAGCAAAAUGACCAACACACCCUCCCCAACUACGGUGUUGGAUGGACCUUAUUUGGGCCGGUCUAUCUCUUUCAGGUUUUCACUUAGGAGCCCAGAAGCUUUGGUGGGGAAGAAGUUGGCUAAAGACAAAGGAGGGUCUAUGAGGUGGGGGAGUUUCAGGAAGACUAAGGAGGUUGUUGAGGGUAUUUUCGACUUUUCAUCAUAUCCGGUGGUGGAUAGUGGUGGUGGUGGUGAUACAAAGAUGAAGAUCACAAGGGUUAAGAAAAGGUCUGGGAGCUUCUCGAAUCUUUCUCACACAAAGCCACAUUUUUUGGCAAACAUUUAUGAAAGCUUAAAGCAAGCGGUCCCAUGGAGACGUAGGCAAGAAAGACUAAGAAAGAGGGACUCUCACUCUGUGACUUUUUAGUUUUUACCACCCUCCUAGCUCCUCAAUCAUGCUGCCAUAAAUAUAUGGUCCUCUUAAUUCUGUUUUGAAACCUUGUAUAUAUAGCUCCAAAAUAAUUCAAUAAUAUGUUUAUAUGUAUAUUCUACUUUAA